GGCACCGGGAAAGGCCAACCUCGCCUGCGCCGGGUGGAGAAUCCGCACUAAUCCGGCUUACUGCGUACCAGCAGGUCCCGCUUGCCAUGGGGGAGGUGGAAAUCUCGGCCCGGGCCUACGUGAAGAUGUGCCUGCAUGCGGCCCGGUACCCUCACGCUGCGGUCAAUGGACUAUUGCUGGCGCCAGCGCCGCGGGCUGGAGAAUGUCUGUGUCUCACCGAUUGUGUGCCCCUUUUCCACAGCCACCUGGCCUUGUCCGUCAUGCUGGAGGUCGCCCUCAACCAGGUGGACGUGUGGGGCACACAGGCCGGUCUCGUGGUGGCUGGGUAUUACCAUGCCAAUGCAGCUCUGGACGACCAGAGCAGUGUCUGAGCACCUGUUUCCCACAGCACUCAAGCAUCAAGCAGUCGUGCAUCAAGCAUCAAGCAGGCCCGAGCCCCCCAGGCCAGCUACAGGGAAAGUCCACAACUAUGCCCACAUCUAUGAGACCUGGGAAGCCCAGCUCAAAUGGAUGGGGUCUGCCCACAGUUGGCUCCUCACUCUGAUCUUCCCUCUACACAGCCCUGGGCCCCUGGCCUUGAAAAUUGCUGGGCGAAUUGCAGAAUUCUUUCCUGAUACAGUACUCAUUAUGUUGGAUAAUCAGAAACUGGUUCCUCAGCCUCGAGUGCCUCCAGUCAUCGUCCUGGAGAACCAAAGUCUCCGCUGGGUCCCCAAGGACAAGAACUUAGUGAUGUGGAGGGACUGGGAAGAGUCACGGCAAAUGGUGGGAGCACUACUGGAGGGCCGGGCCCACCAGCACCUUGUGGACUUUGACUGCCACCUUGAUGACAUCCGGCAGGAUUGGACCAACCAGCAGCUGAACACCCAAAUUACCCAGUGGGUUGGUCCCACAAAUGGAAAUGCCUGAGCUAGGACCAGGGGAUUCAGGAUCCAAUAAAGAGACUUGGGUUGG